CACAGAUCCAACAUGGCGGCGCUGUUUACUCUCUGCCCGCUGCUCAUUUGUUUAUUCUUAUAUUUUAAGGAAAUUACAGCUUUGAAACUUUUGACUGAGCCUUGUUACAAACCCAUUCAAGACGACAGACCGGAUUUUGUGAGGACCCACAGCCGCCCUCAUGAGCUCCUGGCCCCUUCAGACCUGCCUGAGUCCUGGGACUGGAGAAACAUCAAAGGAAAAAACUUUGUGAGUGUGACCAGGAACCAGCACAUCCCCCAGUACUGUGGCUCCUGCUGGGCCAUGGGGGCCACCAGCGCGCUCGCAGACCGUAUAAACAUCAAGCGCGGUGGCUCGUGGCCGUCGGCGUACCUGUCUGUGCAGAAUGUGAUCGACUGCGGACAUGCCGGGUCCUGUUUUGGAGGAGACCAUCUCAGGGUGUACGCUUACGCCCACCGCAGAGGAAUCCCAGACGAAACCUGCAACAACUACCAGGCCAAAAACCAAAAGUGUGAGGAGUUCAACCAGUGCGGCACCUGCUCCAACUUCCAGUCCUGCGCAGUGGUGAAAAACUACACGGCGUGGAGAGUGGGAGACUAUGGAGAAGUUUCAGGACGAGACCAAAUGAAAGCCGAGAUCUUUGCCAACGGGCCCAUAAGUUGUGCGUUGAUGGCCACUGAUGGUCUGGAGCUGUACUCGGGGGGCGUGUUCUCUGAGUUCCACCCUCUGUCUCUGCCCAAUCACAUCGUGUCCGUGGCCGGGUGGGGCGUGGCCAACGGGACAGAGUACUGGGUCGUGCGUAACUCGUGGGGAGAGUUCUGGGGGGAACAUGGAUGGGCACGGAUAGUCACCAGCGCUUACAAAGGAGGGAAAGGAAACUGGUUCAACUUGGGCAUUGAAAAGAACUGUGCUUACGGAGAUCCCAUAGUACCAUAAAAAUACAGACAGAGAUAAAGACUGGAGUUUAUUCCAAGUCCCAGUGAGCUUUUCUCAUUUUCAAGCAACAUAUCAAAACAAAAGAGCCGACUUAAAACCACUGAAGUACAAGGAUAAAUAUUUUUAAAGAAGAAACUGCUUUUUAUGGUAUUGACACAUGUACAGUUGUUCGUUUUAAACCAAGUUGGAACCAAGCACUAAAUCCACUUUUUGACUAAACUGCAUAUGGUGUUUGAAUAGCAUUUAUCCACUCUUUAUAGUUAUUGUUUUUGUCAAAUUUACUGCAAUUUAGGUCAAUUUGCAGCUUUCUGGUCAAAAAUGUCUAAAGCUAAGUUUGUGCUCCUUUCAGUGUUCUCUAUAAUAUUCAGUAGUUGGUGACAUUACACAGAACUACCCUGAGUACAGCCAGGUUUUUCUCAUUACAAACACCACGGGAGGAGUUUAAAGUGUGGAUUCCCGUUAGACCAAUCACAGAGUUCUUCAUAGCCCAGACCCCGCUCGUUCUCUCCCUUCGGUCUUUUCUUUAGUCCGUCCAGGUGCUGCUCAGUCUGAAAUGUGGUUGUGGGAGGAGUUUUGGUGUUUAUUCCGUAUUCUACUGAACGUCCGUAGUCGAUAAACCCGAGUUUGUUCUCUCGACAUCUUUUUGUGAAUGCGUUCCAUUGCAACAGUCGGGGAAAAUAUGGAUGCCUGAGAAAGUUUAAUGCAACGUCACGAGCUUCGACUAAUAAAUUAAGGCCGUGUCAGUUCAGAUCUGUUACCUAACUUUAGCUGUCGGCGACUUAAUUAUGACAGCUUGACUUUUACAUGCUUCGAAAAAACAAUCUACUGUCAAAUAAUGUGAAAGAAAGUCUAAAUGCCACUGCAAAGUUUUUAGAAGACACUUUCUCUACACAUAUAUAAACUUAAUAUAUCAAAAUGACAAAAAGAUCAUUCUCCACGUUUACUGUGUGCGCUGACAUUUUUUGCUGUGACGUAAAUCCAACCGACUCGAGGCCUGAGUUUAUGUUUCUGAACCUUGAUUUGAUUGGCCGUUCCAUUGCACUUUCUCGACGUGGAGAUCGUUUUUUUCCAAGUCGCGAGCACAGUAAAAAGCAGCAUUAGUCACACGUUAAAUUGCAAUAUAGAUCUGUGAGUCAUUCAUAUUUAUUAGUUUAUUUAUAGGGACAGUGUUAAAUGGAGUAGGUCAACUCAAUACAUAGAAGUCACGUACAGUAUUACUUAUUUAUAUUUGUCAAAAAGCUUAUGAUGCCCACACAGUUCCGGUAAAUGGGAAUUGGGACUAAACUAGUGAAAAAACUCAACCAAACCAACCAGAACUAAGCAAGACUGGACUGAACAGGGCCAAGUCAAGUCCACAUGAGGACUAAAUAAACUCAAACCAAAGCCAAAUCAGUGUAAAUGUGUCCAGAAUUUAGAUUUACCUGAAUACCUGAUUUUUAUUGUCUUCAAAACAUGAAAAAAUGUGCUAGUUUAUUUUUUUUAUUUUGAUUGACUUGCCUUCCUAGCAUUAUAAUUAUGUUAACAGCACAUCAGCGUUGCUUCCUGGUUCGCAGACAAUAAAAAUACUCUGUAAUUAGAUGUGGACAAAUCUGUGUAUCAUUCGUUCAUUCGAUUUUCAAUAUAAAACCAAAAAUAAGAAAGUGAAAAAAACAGCUGUUUUCUUCAUUAUUUGUCUCCAAACCUAAAAUAAGAAAACAGAUAACGAUUAGUUUUUUUCAUUUUUCAAUUUUGUAUUUAAAUGAAUAACGGAAAAAACGGAUAAUGUCCAUUUCCCGUUUUCGUGACUUAAACUGCGAUGCCGGACUGAAUCAGGACUAAACCAGGACUAAAACAGGACUAAAACAGGACUACAACAGGACUAAACCAUGACUAAAACAGGUCUAAAACAGGACUAAACCAGGACUAAAACAGGUAUAACCAGGACUAAACUAGGACUAAAACAGGACUAAAACAGGACUAAAACAGGUAUAAACCAGGACUACAACAGGAUUACAACAGGACUAAAACAGGAAGGACUAAAACAGGACUAAAACAGGUAUAAACCAGGACUAAAACAGGACUAAAACAGGAAGGACUAAACCAGGACUAAAACAGGACUAAACCAGGACUAAAACAGGACUAAACCAGGAAGGACUAAAACAGGACUAAAACAGGAAGGACUAAACCAGGACUAAAACAGGACUAAAACAGGACUAAAACAGGAAGGACUAAACAGGACUAAAACAGGACUAAAACAGGAAGGACUAAAACAGGAGUAAAACAGGAAGGACUAAAACAGGAAGGACUAAAACAAGAUUAAGACAGGACUAAACCAGGACUAAAACAGGACUAAAACAGGACUAAAACAGGUAGAAACCCGGACUAAAACAGGACUAAAACAAGACUAAUACAGGACUAAAACAGGAAGGACUAAAACAGGACUAAAACAAGACUAAUACAGGACUAAAACAGGACUAAAACAGGACUAAAACAAGACUAAUACAGGACUAAAACAGGACUGAACAGGUCUAAACCAGCUCUCUGUAAAUGGGAAAUGGACGUUAUCUGUUUUUUCCAUUAUUCAUUUAAACACAAAAUCAAAAACUGACAAAACUAAUUGUUAUCAGUUUUUUAUUUUGGUUUUGGAGACAAAUAAUGAUGAAAAUUGUUGUUUUUUCAUUUUCUUAUUUUUGGUUUUAUAUUGAAAAAAACGAAUGAACGAACGACACACGGAUUCAGACGGCACACAGUGGUUUUAUUUUGACCCCACCAGCUGCUUUUAUAACAUAACUGCUCUUCUUAGGCAAGACACAUUUACAUCUAGAAACAGCCCCAUAAAUGCCAUGUAAAUACCACAUAUUAUUGUUUAUUGUUCGCUGUUGUUACUCGUAUUAUAGCCUGAACCAAACUGUACUCGAGUAAUGUUACUUUAAAAUAAUAUUACUCAAGUAGAAGCACAAAGUAGUGGUCCAAGAAAUGUUUUAAGUAAAGUACUAUUCAAAUAAGAGUAAUUUAAAGAGUAAAACUUUGACGUUGAUACAAUCUGAUGGACAAAACAUGCACAAAAUCAGAUAUUUCCAGUUUUUUAUUUAUUAUCAAAGGAAAAACAUAAAAAUGAGCCAAACUAAAUCAUAUCUGAAGGAGCCGCUGCAAGAAACACAAAUGUUUAAAUCAUUUCUUAUUGUCACAUAAAGCUUUUGUCACUUUAGAUUUAUUUACAGUGGGAAAAGGUACCACAAUAUUGUUAUUUCAAUAAAAAUACGACUCAAGUAGGAGUAAAAUUACAUAUGCUGCUAGAAAGUUACUCAAGCAAAUGUAUCUGAGUGUAACUGAGCUGCAGUUUUUGGCGUCACAUUUUGCGUCAAAGUGUUUUCAGAAAAUCUAUAAUCUUAUUUAAAUGACAGGAGAAGACUCAUUUACAUUCAGCCACACCUGUGUUCUGUUUGAGGAGAGACUAUCUCUGAGAAACGCUGCUAAAACGAGGAUUUGACCAAGAAACUAGAAGGUUUUAUUGUAUCCGUGGGUUUCAUUUAAAGUUACAAAUUAGGGUUGUUGCUUUAGUAAUUAACACUUUAAAGAGGCUGUAUUACAAUUUCAUUUGAUUUAUGUUUUAAUGUUGUUUCCUCAUCAAAAACAAACCUGGACUUGUGUUUUGUUUUAUUCACAUGUUUAACUCACAAACCCGGCACAUUAAACUGCGUUCUCAAACUUAAAGCACUCAGUUACGCAAGAAGAGCUCCACUGUGUUUUUAAACUCCAUACAUCUUCACUAGAAUCAUGUCAAUUUUCAGCCCUGGAAAUGCCCAUUUUUUUUAAGAUACAGAUAUUGUUUUACCUUUGUUGAAACGUCUUCACUCCUUGGUACACCAGAAAAUAUUGAAGACUUUCUCUAGCAAUCUCAUCUAAACAAAAAGUAAAAAAAAAUCUGUAUUUAAAAUGUAACAACUUAAGGUUAUUCUAGUGUAUUGUAGAUUAAAUCUGAUUAAUUGAGGUUUCAUUGAGGAAUUGAGGCUUCAAAACUACCCCUCUGGAGAUGUAGACCGUCUAAUAAUAACUACUCAAACGUGUGAAUGAAAUAAAACACAACUUCAGGUAUGAUUCUGAACACGUCUGAAAGUACAGGAGUCAAUUUUGUGUAAUAUAAAACCUUUAAAACAAAAUCUUACAUCUUUUGAAUGGAGAAUCGUCUUAAAAUUGUCACAGGAAGCUGAGACAAAUGAAUAUCAGACAGAGAUAUUAUGUGCCAUGUAAAAUACAGUCACUUUGUUGAAGAUUUUAUGAUUGCAAAUAAAACAUGUUAUAAUAGAAA